CCCACUUCCAUCCUUUGCAUUUCACGUUAUGCCCCUUCGGUCCCUCUGGCAGGCGAAUCCUUGUUUGUGGAACGGUCUGAUCAAUCGAACGCGAUCGACAAUCGUACACUGUCCAUCGGGAUUUCUUCGUUGUUCUAACUCAGGACGUCUACAGACGCGAGCAAUGUCUACCCAGAGCCAACCGCAGAAGUCGUACCAUACCAAAGCUACCGGGCUGGCGGCCAAGACCGUUGCCGAUCACUCUGGGGAUCACGACUUGAAAUUGUUUGGCAGUUGUUUCUGUCCGUUUGUCCAGCGCGUGUGGAUCGCUCUGCAAUCCAAGGGCAUCCCGUACCAGUAUAUCGAAGUCGAUCCCUACAAGAAACCCCAAUCCCUGCUCGAAGUCAACCCUCGAGGUCUAGUUCCUGCAUUGCGCCAUGGUGACUGGAGUUCGCAUGAGAGCACCGUCUUGCUCGAAUACUUAGAGGAUCUGAAUGCAGGGCCUCCGCUGCUACCUCCAGGAGAUCCAAAGCUGCGAGCGCACUGUCGACUGUGGGCCGAUUAUGUAAAUCGCCAUGUUGUGCCCACCUUCUAUCGUGUUCUGCAGGAGCAGAGCCAAGAGAAACAGAUCUCGUAUGCACAGGAACUUCGCGACUCCUUCAACACUCUCGUUGGAGCGGCUCAUGCCGAUGGACCCUUCUUUUUGGGCGAUAAGCUUUCCUUCGUCGAUGUGCAGGUUGCGCCCUGGAUUCUCCGCCUCCGACGAGUGCUGAAGCCAUACCGCGGCUGGCCAGAGCCGGAAGCGGGCAGUCGAUGGGGUGCCUGGGUAGACGCGAUCGAGAACGAUCCUCACGUCGCGGCGACUACCAGUGGUGAUGAGCUGUAUCUGGACAGUUAUGAGCGAUAUGCAGAAAACCGCCCAAACACAUCGCAGGUAGCCAACGCGAUCAAUUCUGGGCGAGGGCUUCCAUAGUGUCAUAGAUCUCUUCGCAGACUCAUGGAGUUGACUAAAUGGACAAUGCUGAGGCCGCGACCGAGCGUCGCCAGGCCGACAGUCAACGUGUAUGAGGCCCUGUCGGCGGAGGGAUUGUAUGCGUAUCGUAGAGUGUUUGUAGUCUAACCACCCCGUCCACCUCGGAAGCCACCUCGAAAACCACCUCGACCACUGCUAUCGGGCCCGCGAGGGCUACGAAUCGGCUGC